CCUUCAGUAGUCUAGCUUUGUUUUUAUUUUACUUUAGUUUUUUCUGAAAUCCUGUUAGAAUUAAUUAGCUUUGUCGCUGCUCCUUAGAUUUUCUUUAUCUGUUACUGUGCUUUUUGCUAUAUUCUUAUGUUGUUGGUGCUGAGAGCCUAUACAAUGGAAUAACCAUAGGCAUGCCACUAAGAGUUGCAGUUUGGAAAAUAGAUGGGAAAAACUGUUCUUUCCAAAAAGAGUAUGACCAUUCAUAACAAAAAAUCGGUAAGAAACGAUAAGACUGAUAAGACUGGAGGGACAUUAGACUCCACACCAUUUGAAACUGAUUUAAGUUUCAGACCCUAGAGAAAUGGAUCUCUAGGAAGGCAAUUAAACAUUUACUUCGAAAACCCAAAAUUCACAAAGGAAAAAAGAAUCAAGGAAAGAAAGAAAGAAGGGGAAACUCUGACAAAUGAUAUGGACAAAGUGGAUCGAACAAUGAGAACAACUGAUUCAAAUUUCAAACAAAAAAAAACUACCAUUAUGAGAUGCCAAUCUCUGAAAAUAGGAAAAAAGCAAGUGGAGCUUAAAGGGAGCCAAUUAAGAAUGAUAAGAAAACUCAGGUUGAACUCUCAAAAGAACCUAUUGAAAAUUACAAACAAGUAAAGAUCCCUCGUAGCCUUGAAACUCAGAACCGGAUCUGGAAGAAGAUUGAUGUCAAAUCAGGAUUUACUAGUGAAACAAAGUUACUGAUCAACCUCAAGACAUAAGAGCAAUUGAGAAAAGCAAUGUAGCCAAAAAGGAACCAAUGGAGAAAGAUACUGAGGAUAAAGUGGAGAAGAAAAUUGAGGCAAGAGAAGUGGAGAGCAGUAAUGAAGCCAAAGAGCUGGAGUCUACAAGUAAAAGAAAUUUAAUUAAAGUAGAUGUUAGCAUUGCUGCAGAAGCCUGUAGGUCAAAAUGAAAGGAAAUAGGAUAUGAUUACCCCAAGAGUUUUGAAACGACCAGUAGAUUUGAAAUGAGUAAAAGUCGUGAAACAAGUGGAAGAAACUCAACAAACUCAGAGCCAGGAAAUACUAGCAAUUUUAAGAUUGAUUCAACCAGAAAAAUGGAGGUGACUGAUGACCUUUUGCCAAUUGUAGAAGAAGACAAGAACUCCUCACUGAAAGAGGAACGAAAAGAUGAAAAAAGAAAAGAAAGGAAGAGGAAGAUUGAAAAUCGAAUAAAUGCAUUAACAAAGGAGGAGGGAAGCAAGAGUUUGAUUAAGGUAAAAAGUGAUGACUGGUCUGACACUGAAUGGAGGUUGGAUGACUCAGGUCACAGUACAAGUGGAUGAAGAAUGACCCAACAAAACCUUUGGAUCAAGACCAGAAGUCAGUUGGAAGUGCGCAAAGGAGGUUAACUUAGACCUGCAUUGACCAGUGAGUGAGAGCAACAAGUGGAACCUUUGCCUCCAAGCAAAGGUCCUCAAUGAAAUAGUACACAUCGAAACAAUCACUGUCAAAGCAAAAGAUGUGUGGCAAAUCACUGGAUGACUAUAACUAUGAUAAGUAUUGGUAAUGGUUAUUUUCUCAUUUCCUUUGCUUCAGAGGAAGAUCUUAAUAGUGUGCUUAAGUCUGAACCCUGGUUCAUUAAUGGCAAAUACUUAGUUUUGGCAAAACGGGUGUCGGGCUUUAAUUUCUUUCUAGCUAAGGUCACUCAAACUGACUUGUGGAUAAAAAUCCUAGGACUCCACUUGGAAUUCCGGGAAGAGGAAUAUCUACAAAUCAUACUGAGAGAAGUUGGAUCAGUCAUGAAAUUGGAUGAAAAUACACAGAACUCUGGCCAGAACUAUUUUUCCUAGGAUUUGUGUGCGAGUGGACCUGGAACGACCCUUCAUUUUGGAAAUCCCUGUUACAGUUGGAGGUGUCCAACAUGUAUACAACAUUUUCUACGAGAAUGUGUACAAUCUUUGUAUUGGGUGUGGACGUCUUGGACACAAGGAUCCUCCGUGCUCUUUCAACAAGAAAAAAGCAAACCAAUCUAUUGCAGAUGGGUGGACUGUUGUUAGAAAAAAGGAUCAAAAAAUUAGCCACUAAGCCAAGGGUUUUUAAUAUGAACCUGGAAUGGAACAAGGCUAAAGAAGCUAGAGGUACAAGAUAUAUUUCAAACCGCUUAAGCUCCAGAACGUCUUAACAGAUGGAACCUAUAGUUUUUAAAGUCUUCUAACCACAAUGUAAAAUCUAAAGAGGUGACCCCAAGAUUUAUGACAGUUGAUCCCUCAAGAAAAGUGGCUAAGUGGGUUCUCAAAGCUGAUGUCAGCAAGGAAAACUCAUCCAAAGAGCUAGAGAAGUAAUGCAGGAGGACAGGUUAAGAAUAUCUGUUCUAGUGAUUUUUAUAGCAAAAAACCACCCAAACUGUUUGAGAAAUUCAAGAGAAAGAAAGAAAAUUGAGUGAAGAAAGAAAAAACAGCUUCCUUAAGCUUGAAGCAAUUGAAUAUCCUCCUUUUUUUUCUUUGAGUAGCAGCUAAUAGUGUUCUUAUAUAGGAGUUCUGUUUUGGCCAGCAACCAAUAAUAUCCUGAAAUUACAAAAAAAAACCCUUGUCCCAAAAUAGCAAGGAAAACCCAAAAAUAACCUUAUCUAAUAUCUAUAUACCUUGUAAGACUCUUCCUAACAAUAAUAAUCCAUUAGAAAUCAUUAAUUGACUAAGAAACAACCUAGGAAAUCAUCAAAACAAAAUUAAAACAAGAAAAUAGCUAAAUUCAAGCAUGGGAAUGUUUCACUUUCUUAUUCCUUCUAGAUUUGUCACAUAUUUCUUCAUAAUUAAGUUCUGCAGCCUCUACAUGAGUCCUCUCCACUUGAAGUGGACUCACCCUCGAGUCUUGUUUGGAGAAGGGUGGAUGGUACUCAAAGAGAUCAGCAACAUUGAAAGUUCUAGAUAAUAUUCAUGGAAGUAGGAAGGUCUACAACAUAGGCAUUGUUAUUAAUCUUCUUCACGAUCUUGUAGGGUCCAAUCUUCUUUGGCUGCAACUUGUUGCAUUGCCCUGUAGGGAACCAGUCCUUCCUUAGAAAUACCAUUCCUUCAUCCCCCUUCUUGGAAAAAUUUUGGUCACCUAUGCUGAUCGGCUACUUAUACUUGGCAUUGACCUCAUCUAGUAAUAACUCCCAACAUUAAUAAACUUCGAUGCAUCCCUAAAAUCGGAUGGCUCAUGUUCCUUCGGUUGCAUAGCAAGAGAUUACAAAGGACAGGUUCUGAUUGCAAAAGUGAGGUGGAUUGGCAUCUCCUCCAUCAGCGUAGCAGAAUGCUGGGCAGCAGUUGAAGCUCAUAAGAUUGCAAUCAACAGUGGUUACAACAGCGUAUGGAUUAAGGUGACUCCAAGAUGGCAAUUUAUUGUCUUUUCCAAAAGGAUAAACCACCUUGGCAAUGCGGGCAACUAAUCCAGGACUGCAAGAAAAUGGCAAUUGACAGUGGUCUUCAUGUAGUUACACUCACACCUGGAGGGAAGGAAAUCAAGCAGCUGACUGGCUUGCUAACUAGGAAAUCAAAAUUAGGUUAUCACAAAAGAAUCCCUUUUGAUUGCACAGAGAGAAGAUUUGCAAAGAGUAAUGGACUUGCUAACACUGGAUGAGCAACAUGCACGGAGUCUACUUAUUUAUUAUCACUGGGAUAUUGAGAAGGUGCUUGCAGUGCUAGUGGAGAAGGGGAAAGACAGGUUGUUUUCUGAAGCUGGUGUAACAGUGGUUGAGCAUAAAUCCUCAUCGCUAUCCACUUCUGCAGUAAUGUGCUAUAUUUGCAUGGAUGACAUUCCUGCCAAUGAUAUCACAACAAUGGACUGUGGUCAUGGCUUCUGCAAUAACUGUUGGACAGAGCAUUUCAUUGUGAAGAUAAACGAGGGUCAGAGUAGGCGUAUUAGAUGCAUGGCACACAAGUGUAAUGCUAUCUGUGAUGAAGCUGUAAUUAGAAAUCUAGUCAGUGCAAAGCAUCCUGAUCUUGCUGAGCGAUUUGAACGUUUCCUUUUAGAGUCAUAUAUUGAGGACAAUAAAAUGGUAAAAUGGUGCCCCAGUGUUCCCCAUUGUGGUAAUGCAAUACGUGUGGAGGGAGAUAAGUUUUGUGAGGUCGAAUGUGCAUGUGGGCUACAGUUCUGUUUCAGUUGCUCGGAAGAGGCACAUUCACCUUGUUCUUGCCUGAUGUGGGAGCUUUGGACCAAGAAGUGCCAAGACGAAUCAAAAACUGUUAGUUGGAUGGCAGUAAAUACAAUGCCUUGCCCAAAAUGUGACAAACCAGUCGAGAAAAAUGGUGGCUGCAAUUUUGUGAGCUGUAUUUGUGGACAAGCAUUUUGUUGGCUAUGUGGUGGAGCUACUGGCCCGGACCAUACAUGGUCAAGUAUCAAUGGUCAUAGCUGUGGUCGAUACAAGGAUGAUAAUGCAAAGAGAGUUGAGCAUGCAAAGCAUGACCUACAUCGGUACAUGCAUUACUAUAACCGAUACAAAGUCCAUACAGAUUCCUUUAAACUAGAAACCAUGCUCAAGGAAAUCAUACAGGAUAAGAUUUCUAUUUCAGAAAGCAAGCAACCAACACUGAAAGAUUUCAGUUGGGUUACAAAUGGACUUAAUAGGCUCUUCAGGUGUAGGCGAGUUCUCUCAUACUCAUACCCGUUUGCAUAUUAUAUGUUUGGGGAUAUCCUUUUCAAGGAUGAGAUGUCCAAGGAGGAAAGAGAAAUAAAACAGCAUCUAUUCGAGAACCAGCAGCAGCAGCUUGAGGCAAAUGUAGAGAAGCUCUCUGAGUUCAUUGAAGAACCGUUUGAUGAGUAUCUUGAGGGCAAAAUCAUGGAGAUAAGGAUGCAAGUCAUCGAUCUCUCCGUGAUCACUGAUAGCCUGUGCAAGAAAAUGUACGAAUGCAUUGAGAAUGAUUUAUUGGGUUCUCCCCAGUUUGCUAUCCAUAACAUAGCUCCGUACAGAUCAAAGGGUGUUGAGAGAGCGACAGAGCUUUCUGGUUGCUGGAACACAAAAGCCGAUUAUGCUGAUAACCAUACACCAUCAGAUUCCGGCAUAAAUAGAACUGGAGGAAGAAUAGAACUUGGUCGGCCUUUUCCUGGGACCCCGAAUUUAGAUGAGAUUGGAUGUUCUAGAAAACGUGCCAGGAAACAAGCUUUGGGUGAUGACCUUUUUGAUCUCAAUUUGCCUGCUGAGGUAAUUGACAAGAGCUGAAUUUCUCAAGGUUCCAGCUUUCAUUCCACAAACUUUUUUAGUGUACAGAUACAACUUAAAGCAGGAUACAAGUAACUGUCAUUUGGGGGAUGAAACCACCAACAGCAUCCACUUUUGUUUUUCACUUCGGAAAUGAAUGAUCCUAGAACGCUUUUUUUUUCUUUUUUUUCCUUUUUUUUAAUUUGGAACCAUUAUUUUUUUACACGGUUUGUUGAAAUAUAUGUACAUAUUAAUUGAUGUAUAUUUUCCAAUGAAGUAUGAGUUUAGAUCUAGAAUCCUAGAUGAUUGAUUUCGUUAACUUUUUUAUAUGCUUACCAAACACAAAAGAUGGUGCAUGUUGAAACAAUCCAACUUAACGAUGUAAUAGAUUCUUGAGCUUUCUUUACUGCAUAGAA